UUAAAUUAUUAUUCCUUCCAUCUCCCCCCUCCCCAGGAAAGUGACGCGCGCGCUUCCCGAUUUCCGCGAGGGGCGGCUACGUGCCUUUGAGCUUGUUGCAAAUGUCUUUUUCUUACGGGUUCUUGUGGGAGGUCCCACCCCGCCCCAUCCUUCCUCGGAGGGGGAGAAGAAAGCAGAGAAAGGGGGCGCGCCCCCUCGCCCGACGGACUUUUGCCGCCCCGAGAUAAAACGACCAGCUUUGCAACCGAGCGGCGGCCCCGAGCUCUGCUUCCCACGGAGCUCCGGAGGGAAAACUGAAGUUGGCCUCUCCCGCCCGGGAGCUUGGCGUGGCGUCGGCGUCAUGCUAUGGAGAGCCGCGGCUCCGCAGUCCUGAGUUUGGGGCAACUUUUUGCUCCCUUUGGGGAGCAUCAGCCCAAGGAGGAGCCUGCCUCAGCCCCUGCAUGGCGAGAAGACGCCGAGGAGGCGGAGGCGGCGGCCAACCCCGCGCAGCACCAGCAGCAGCGGGACUGCGCGGUCGCAGCCGCCCAGGAGAAGGACGAGGAGGCGCUGCUGGAGUGGCGCCGCCGCCGCGGGCGUUCCUUCUCGCUGCCCGAGAGCCCGUCUUUGGCAGCCGCGCGGUUCUUCCCGAGAAGGCGAAUCCCGGGCGACAGCGACGGGGACGAGAAUGACGAAGACGACGAGGCGCCGUCGCCGACGGGGGGCAUCCGCGGCUGCUGCACCAAGUGCAAGAAGCGGGUGCAGUUCGCCGACUCGCUGGGCUUGUGCUUGGCCAGCGUGAAGCACUACAGCGCUGCCGAAGAGCCGCAGGUGCCUCAUGCCGUGUUGUCCCGCUUGCAGAGCUUCCCCAUGCGGCAGAGGGACUUCGAGGAGUUCACCGCCGCCCUGGCGGAGUUGGGGGGGUGCGCGGCCUCGCCUUUUUCUCGGCCGCCGCCGCCGCCGUCCCAGGUCGCGCUGCAGCUUACGCCCCAGUCUGAGGGGGCGGACGAGCAAGUCAGCGCCGAGCGGCUGCGGCGGGACCGAGUCUGCCUGGAGGAAGCGGUGGGGACGGCGCUGGCCGGGGCACCUACGGACGUGCGUGGCGUGGUGAGGGUGCUAAGUUGCCCCGGCUCCAAGGAGGUGACCGUGCGCUACACCUUUAACGAGUGGCUUUCUUUCCUGGACGUCCCCGCCCUGCCGCUCCCCGAUGGGAACCCUUCGGAUGUCUCCGCUCCGAUCGAGCGUUACCAGUUCGCUCUCUGCCUUCCUCCUGGUUUGCCAGACGGGACGGCCGUGCAUUUCGCUAUCUGCUACCGAAGCCAACAAGGGGAGUAUUGGGACAACAACGGCGGGGCCAACUAUACCCUCCGCGAUUGCAGCUCCGAGAAGCCCGCAACUUCCCUGUGAUGAGACUUGGGAGGUGAUGGCGACCGCGACGUGGGAGCCUACCACCUUUUGUGGGAGCCUGAAAUUGCUCCAGAAACCAGCCUAACUUACCUUGCAUUACAGCCUUCUGGAGUCCUACAGCACAGCAUCCUAAAUGCUGGACCCACGACCUUUUCGUCCUUCUAGCGGCCCAAGCGCUGGAGAUAGCCAGCGUACCUUCGCACUUUAGCCUUCCUGCCUCCAGCCUCGCAAGCCAUGCGGGCUUCAAGUUGGAUCGAACAGGCAGCCCGAUGGGAGAAUCGUGGUCCGGCUUAGGAGAGAGAAGUGUGCAUCGUAGAAAAGUAGAGUGUAUUGUUACAGGAAUCCUGAAUAUUUCUGGAACUUUUGGCCAGGAACAGGAAUGCCUCUAACAGGAAGACUCUUAUUAGAUAACUGAUCUGUUGAGGUCUCCUUUGCAGCAGGCGUGUGUGAGCGAGUGGGGAUAUAUCCGCCUUUUUGUAUGGAAAAGAGAGAAUGAACUGCCAUGGGAUUGGAACCUUGUCCCCUUCAAAGCCAUCUGUGAUUUGGGCUCCUUCCUGUUUUAAGUAGUGACUUCUAAAAAGCCUAGAAGAAUGCUGCAAAAAUUCAGAAGCUUCUCUGGGAACAGGAUAAAUAAAGCGAUGAAGAAUAUGGGGUUUUUUGUUUGUUUGAAUGGGGUUUUCCCCUCUCAGUUGACUGUUGUGCCUUAGAACAAAGCUUCUUUAUAAUUGCAGCUAUGGAAUUAUAAUGUUAUGUUUGCAUUCUAUAAGGGAUGACUACUCAUUUUUACUGUAAGCAAUGGAGAGGUAUGUUGGAAACACAAGAUUACUUAAAAAUCUUAGCAGGAAUUGAUCAGGUCUUGAAGAAAGGAUGCUUGGUUUGCAUUGAAAAUUUUAAUCUCUGCUCCAAUUAUCCAGGAGCCACAUGUCUUAAGAGCAAUACAUACAGCAUUUUGGGAUCUGUGUAAGGUAUGAACUAAGUAUGAGUGAGAACUCAAAUUUGGAUGAUAUAGCCAUUUAUUAGUAUCUUGACUCUUGUAUAUGCCUAGAGGGUGACCAAAGGAAAAGGGAGAUAUAGUAGAAAUUUCCUAUCUAACUGCAAGUUGCAUUUUCCCCCCAUUGAAAUGUCCUCUUUUACAAAAUUAUUACAAGUAAACAAUAUCUACCCUCUUGGAUCUUUGGCUGUUAUAUUAGCUAGCCAUGAAUAGUGAGAAGUACAGGUACAGCUAACAUGAUUUUCUGAAUCGCUUGCUUUGUUCUUUAAAAAACGUAUUUUUUGUCCCUGAAUCAUCCCAUGUUGGGGCUUGAAGAGUUCGCUGACAAUAAUGGAUGGAGGGCACAACAUUUUAUCUCUCAUAAUGUGAUGUGUUUCGCCUCAUGUGGCUUUUCUGCCACAAAUGGUUUAUUAAAUUAGCUCUAACUUUACCAUAAUUCAACCUCCCGGGGCAGCUGUUACAAAAUGCAAUAAUUCUGGAAGAUUUGCUGCUGAAUUACAAUUCUGGAGGAACAGUUCAGUAAAUUGUUUAUUAGUUAAUUAGUUUCUUCCAGACUUCCUCAACCUAAGUGAUCUAAAAAGCCUAUUUAGCAAUCAAGCUGAAUUAAGGUCUCCUUAAUAUCGUUCCCUUCAUACGUAACUUAAGACAAAUAGAUUAUUUGCCUUUCAAGGGCAAAACUGCAGAUGUAUAUGAUACAUUCUAGAUGUGUUGGAUUUCAGUUUACAGAAUCCCUAACAAGUACAGCCUGCAGCCUAGGAAUUCAGAAUGUUGAAAUCUAAUGCAUAUGAAGAGUUCCAGUUAGAAAAGGCUAGGGUAUGCUUCCAAAAAUACUUUUGGAAUGUUGGGAUCUUUCUUAAUUAGCAUUCUGAGCUUCUUUGAGAGAACAAUGCAAACCUUGGAACCGUAAGAGACGUGACUGAUGCUUUGGUAGUAUGAGGUAACUGAUUUUAUCUUAUGGGUGUUUCCGUGACAGAGAAAUACUAUACAAUUAAAUGCCGUAGCUAUUUAAUAGAGAGGGUGAAGGGAGUUAUAAGAGAAGAUAAACUUUUAAACUAUGCACGGUUAUUCAUGUUUUGCAGUUGUAGCAUACUGUAAUUAUAUCUUUUAUUAGGAAGACCCCAUAGUUUAUGUUUUUUAAGGAGACGGGAGUACUUAAGAUUUUUUAAGGAAAUGUUUGCCAGGAGUUCACAGUUGAUGCCAUAAUACUGGAAGAGGUGUAAACAUGAGUCUAGGUGCCUUGGCCAGGCAUGGCUUCCAAACAGGUAUUUUGCAUGUUUGCAGAUGGGGGUGGGGGUCCCCUUCAUAUGCUAUAGUAUUCCUGUAAAGAAGAUAGAACAAGCUUGUGUGUGUGUGCAUGCGUGCGCGUGUGUGCGUGCAGCAGUCCUGAGUUUUCUGGCUGCUGGCUGAUCAACAGGUAUUUAGAACACAAUCAUUAUGAAUAUGCCUUCUUUUUCUAAAGUUGGGUAUUGUUUUAAAAUUUCAUGGUGCUCCUAAUAAUUGUUUUGCUUAAAGCACAGACUGACAGAAUUAUGUAUUAAUCUUGGACUCAGCAAAUGAAUAGUGGGACAAAGCUUGGACUAUAAUUGAAAUUUAUAUGCUACAGAGCCAGUAUGGCAAGAGGCACACUGACUUGUAGCAUUUCAAUUUUUUUUAAAAAAAGAUUGCUUCCUGCAGCUGAAAUAGUACAUGUAUUCGUUCAGUGUGCAGGAAAAAUUCAUUAUAGUCACUUUAAAAAGAUGCUGUAUUAUAAAUGCACAAAGUCCUGUAGAGUUUAUUAUUUUGUCUUCAAUGUGGUUUCCAAAAUGUUUUAAAUAUUGCAACUGAAAAAGUUGAAAAACAGAAAAAACCUAUUCCUUUUGGAAUAGAGAAAACUUGAUACUGUGCCACAGAGUUAGUAGUGAGUCAUAACUCAUUUCCAACAUAAACUCUGUUGCCACUACUGCCUUAAGUGGCAAGAGCCUAUUAGGAAGCCAAGCCAGUUUAUAUCUUCCUUGAAAUAAUUAUACAUGUGAGAAGGACAGUAGAAAAUAGGUGGAAAUAUGUGGCAGAAUACAACUUCUUAAUAGCUAAGCUUUGAACAGGCACUUUGGGAAAUGAAAAAUAAAGCAGAGCUUAAUUCUUACCAUUUCAAACAUAUAAACAGAGCCAUUUUCUCUUAAUUUUUUUCCCAAAUUUGAAAGCAGGUAUUCAGAGGGGUGAACAGAUAUUAUGGCAAGUAUGUUAAGCUAUGUGGUAUCUAAACAAGAUCAUUCACAGCAGGAGAUGGGAAAAAAAUUGACAAAACACCAUGUGCCUUCUUAGCAAAAGCCAGUAAGAACUGGUUUUGCCAGAAUGUAGAAAACAUUCCUCCUGGGCAUAGUCUUGAUGAAAAGAAAUUCAUAAGAUACUAACAGAUCGUUUUGAGAUCUUUGGUUCCUGUGAAAUAUGUUAAAUCUGUGAACUGUGUUCAGUGUGUAAAUGAUUCUAGUCUCCUGUCAGAGCAAUGCCAAACACGUUCCUAGUGCUUUUAUGGAGGCAAAUGGGGAGAGAACAUUGGAUUGGGUAAGAGUUUCUUUAAAUAUGCACCAGGGACGCACUAAGCAAAUACUGUCAACCAUUAAAAAAAUAAAAUGCUUUUCCAUAUGAAUGAUA